UCAACACGGCGAAGCUCUUCAGGUAUAUGAAAGGGGCACCUGCGAAUUCUGAAGAGCAAUUGAACCACGAUCGACCCUUAUUGGGAGACAAUUCAUUUUCACAAUCAGCCGCUACCCCACUUCCAAACUACCCCUCCUACCCCGCGGACAGCUGCUGCAUCUGCUUAGGUAAAGCAUCAAGAAGGACCAGGCGAUACAACAACCAAGAUGGCGUCCACGGUAUCAACGGCAAACGACGAGGACCCCAAAGUAUCAAUCACUCCACUUCUGAAGAGACUCUGGCACGAAACAUCGUCGACAAAACCUACCGCAGAUGAGAUUGCUGCUGCUCUUUCCUUGAUCUUCACAAACAGCCUAUCAGAGGUGCAAACUGGUGCUCUAUUGACAUGUCUCCAUUUCACAGAUGAAGACAGGCAGGCUGAGGUUCUUGCCAAGUGCUCAAAGGCUAUGAGAGACUUCUCGUCCAAGAUCGAUUCAAAUGCGCUCAAUCAGGUACUCCAGAAGCGUGGAAGGAAAGAGGGCAAUUACCAUGGAGGGCUGGUCGACAUAGUUGGCACAGGAGGAGACUCGCACAACACGUUCAACAUCUCAACGACAUCAUCCAUCCUUGCCAGUGCCCUACUUAUGGUUGCAAAACACGGCAACAAAGCUUCCACAUCACGCUCUGGUUCAGCAGAUCUUUUGACUUGCACACUACCUAAAGCUCCAAUAAUCACUGCGGUCGCACCAAGAACUAUCAAUGAAGUCUACUCUGAGACCAACUACGCCUUCCUGUACGCACCAAUCUUCCACCCCGGAGCUAGGCACGCCGCCUCCAUCCGCAAGCAGCUCGGCUGGCGCACAAUUUUCAACCUUCUCGGACCACUUGCGAACCCUCUGCACGACCAGAUCGAAGCUCGGGUCCUUGGUGUAGCCCGAAGGGAGAUCGCUCCCGAUUUCGCCGAAGCGCUCCGUCAGUCGGGUGCAAGAAAGGCUUUGGUCAUGUGUGGUGACGAGGAGCUGGACGAGCUGUCCUGUGCAGGACCUACACACUGCUGGCGCUUAGUUGAGACAUCAUCUGGCGAAGUCGACAUCAACUUCUUCAAGCUCUCUCCUGCAGACUUCGGGUUGCCGGAGCACCCGCUGAGCGAGGUCUCGCCCGGCCAGUCGCCAGAGAAGAACGCGGAGAUCCUGAUGAAGAUCCUGACUGGUGAAGUCUCGCCAGACGACCCAAUCCUGCACUUCGUCUACAUCAACACAGCUGCUCUACUCGUCAUCAGUGGAAUCUGCGACGCUGACACGAGCGACAUGGGUGAAGGUGAUGAUGGCAAUGUCAUUAAGGAGGUUGGGCCUGGAGGGGGACGCUGGAAGGAGGGUGUCAGGAGAGCCAAGUGGGCCGUCUCGAGCGGCGAGGCUUACAAGCAGUGGCAAAAGUUCGUCGAGGUCACCAACAGGGUGGCUUAGGAGACCACUUUCAGGGACUUGUGAAAGGUACUCACAAGGUAGCCCAGAGAUAGACGUUGAGCAGGAAUCAAACAAAGCUACUGAUCAAUAUACAUACACUGUCGUAUACACUCAUUCAUCACCGGUGACCUGGCGAUCUCUGGCGAUCUCUUGGAAAUCGUGGCCUAUCUACCCACGGUCUUUUCGCCCUCACUGAUAUGAGCUUUCUCCCG